GCGGGAACAGGAAGUAGGGUUAGGCCGAGUUCCGGGUGCAAGGCGGCUACUGAGGACCGGAGAACUGAAGGCUGCGGCUGGAAGCUGGUGAGGCAGUGCGGCGAUGUUCCGGAUCGAGGGCCUUGCGCCGAAGCUGGACCCGGAGGAGAUGAAGCGGAAGAUGCGUGAGGACGUGAUCUCCUCCAUAAGGAACUUCCUUAUCUACGUGGCCCUGUUGAGAGUCACUCCAUUUAUCUUAAAGAAAUUGGACAGCAUAUGAAGAUUGGACAUCACAAGUACAUGCAUGAUAUGAAGAACCUGGUUACAGUUUCUCCUCCUAUCUGCAAAUGAAUGGGCCCAGAAUGGUGUAAGAGACUCUUUGAUUGAAUGGACAUAAAAAUUCUACUUGUUAAGAACAAGUUGGGCUAUGAAUACUGACCUUCAUAGCUAAAAUAUACAACAAUUUGGAAAGUAUGAAAAGACAUCUUGUAAUUAUAGUGUGACCUUAUGCUUGUGAUACUUGGCCUCUGAAUGUUGGUAUGAAUGUAAAUAGUGUCAAACUCCCUUUCAUUAAUUAUAAGGGGAUUAUGUCUGAAAUGGCAUGUCUUGUCAGUCAUUUCUGUUUACAUUUUUACUUCUGUCCAGAGUAUAUUUGUGAAGAGGCCCUUACAAUUAUGUCUUAUGAAGUCAGCACCCAACCACAAUGACAUUUAAUCACAGGACUAUUAGUCUAUAUUUUUAAUAAACAUAGCAAUUAAGAAAAUUUGGGUUUUUAUUUUUCUUAUCCCACUUUCUGCUGAUAAACAACAAUCACUGGUGAGAUUAUUACAACAUUGUAAUAAUUACAUUGUUCUUUUUGUCUUAAAUUUGAUAAUUUGCUAAUCCUGAUAAAGUAAUGUUAAGUUCUACUGCCAAGCAGUCUUUGUGAAAGCAAUAGUACUGCUUGAUGCUGAGUGCAUGUAGUACCACCAAAGGAGAAAAAUGCCAUAUUCUUAAGUCAAAUAGUCCUCCAGGUUUGUUGGAAUAAGGGGAUAAUCCUCCCCUGAGACAACUACACUCAUCCCUUUUUAGCUAUUUGUGUUUCUAAAUAGCAUGAUAGUAUUGUUACUUCAUUGUUUUUCUGUUAUACGAAUUGCUCAUUGACUACUGAUCAAUUUUUCCCCCCCUAGGCUUCAUUUUUCUAUGAACUUUCCUCUAAAUUAAUGAAACCUUUUGCCAUUUGUCUAAAUUGCACACAUUGUUGGUUUCAUUGGGCACCCAGUUUCAUCUUCCUGAAUAAAUUUUUCCUGGAGCCUUCUGAUCUGCCCCAUUCUAGACUGAUAACCUUCUGUGCCUGACAAAUGGCUAUAACCUGGGAACUCUGUUCGCUUUUUGGUGGAGGUACCCAGGGGUGUACUCAGAGGCACUCAGCCACUGAGCCACAUCUCCAGCCCUUUUUUGUAUUUUACUUAGAGAAAGGGUCUCACUGAGUUGCUUAGUGCCUCACUGUUGCUGAGGCUGGCUUUGAACUCACAAUUCUCCUGUCUUAGCCUCCUGAGCUGCUGAGAUUAUAGCUGUGCACCACUCAUCACUGCACUCAGCUCCUUUCGCCUUUAUUGUGAGAAUUCCUUUUCCUCUUGUCUGAUGUUGGAUCUCUUGCUUUCUGUUAUCUUUUCUUCAUUUAUGCGUUUAUUUUGAUAGAGCCCUUUCUCAAUUUGGGGAAAGGUAGCAUUGAGGUAAAUGUUUUUAAGACCUUAUUGGUCUGAAAAGACUUUAUUUUAUUCAGAUAUUUGAUAAUUUGCUGAAUAUAGAGUUCUAGAUUGGAAAGCUGUUUCCUUCAGAAAAAGGCAUUGAACCAUUGCCUCUAAGUUUCAGUGUUGCUACAUGGAAAUCUGAAACCGUUCUGAUGCCUGACCUUUUGGGGAGACCUAAAUUUUUCCUCCCUUAGAAACAAGAAUCUUUUGUUCAUAGUAUCUUACGUUCCAUGUUGACACACUUUGGUGUGUUUUUAUUUUAAUUUACUGUGCUGGUCACUUGUUAAACCAGUUUAAACUUGAAACUUAUGUCCUUUAGUUCUCAGAAAUUUUGUCAAUUUUAUUGAUGAUUUCUUCCCCUUUUAUUUUCCCUCUUUCUCUAUUUGUAGGAUGAUGCUAUAUUUGAUGUUUUCUUUUUCCUCUAUAGUCAGCCAGUUUUCUCUAAAAUUGCUUUUGUUGAUUUUUGCUUGACAUAAGUUGUAUGCUCAUAUUUAAAAACAGGGUACUAACAAAUUGAUUAGAGACUCUCAAUAGAUGGAGUUUGUUGAUGCUGGGCUCUGCUGAAGGGCAAUCUAUUAGGUCAUUUAAUUGGAAAUACUUUUAUGUUCCUCUCUUUAGGUAUUUCCUAUUGAACUGGUCAUUCCUCAGCAAAGACUCUCCCAAGCUCCUAAGUGAAAAAUGAAUGACUUGCCAGUAUUCUGGCAGUCAAGUGUGGGAGAGGGCUGAGGUGAGGCCCAGAAUAUUGUGUGUGUCUCACUAUUCUCUGUGUGUUCGCUUAUUGAGGCUGGGCGCAUUUUAAAUACAGUAUAUCAGCCAAAAGUGCCCAGCUUUCUACAACCCAAACUGUUUUACUCAUUUCCAAAAGAUAAACUUUUUUUUCCCUGACACAACUGGGGAUUGAAUUUACCAGUAAACUACACCUACACUAAACUACAUGGCUCUUGUUAUUUUUUAUUUUGAUACAGGGUCUUGCUAAGUUACUGAGGCUAGCCUUGAACUUGGAAUCCUCCUGGCUCAGCCUCAAUUGUGCCCAGGUAGAAAAGAAACUUCUAAUUUGGAGAGUGAGCUGGGAAAAGGAGGCUGUUCAGCUGUGUACAAAGUUGCAGAGAGUAUCUGAUUACUUAGACUUUUAAUCAAUUCUUGUUUUGGUCUCUACCUGUUCACAUUCUACUUCCAGAGACACAUGAAGCCACCAGUUCCUGAGCCUUUAAGAAAUUCUGUGAUUCAAAUUCAGUAGCUUUUCCUACUGUUUGCUCAGAAUUCAGUUUCCUUGGGUCUACUCUGUUAUUUACUACUUGUAAUUUGUUCUCCAGCUUUUAACUUUUUGUUGAUAUUGUCUUUUCUUCUAUCGUUUCUGUUACACCUUAAAACAGACAAAAAACUUUAUUGUCAUUUAAUGGAAUUUCAGGAAGGAGAAGUAUGUACAUGUGCUGAAUCCCAUCUUUACCCAGACAGCAUGUAAUUUUUGAACCCUGUUGUUCUGUUUCAUGGUAAUCAUUUAUAUCUAUUUCUGACUUAAUUGAGAAGGUACAGUAUAUAGUAUCACGCUCUUGAAUACUGGCUUGAAAAACAGGCUGACUUGAUUUUGAGUCCUGACUCUGAUACUUAUGAUAUGAUUGGCUUUCAGCAAGUGAACCUCUAAAUUUCAUUUUAUUUAACUGUAAAUUAGGUAAUAGAAACAUCUGUCUGCUUCAAAGUAUUGUAAGAAUUAAAUGGGAAAAUGCAAGUAGGGCAGUUGGCACAAUUGUUGACAUUUGGUAAAUAUUAUUAAUUGUUAGUGUUUGGAGUAAUGUGUUUAGAAGCGAUUUGUGCUGACAUUCACUGCUUAAACAAGUUCAUUCAUGUUUCCAGUUGCUAGGAGAUAGCAUGCUGAUCCUCUAAUUGUAUACAGACUUCAAAAUUAUUAUUCAUUGUCUGAAAUCAUCCCUAACCAAUCAUUGAUGACAUUCAACAGAUGGAGAGGUUGAGAUUCUGAAAGUUUCAGUAUGGCUAAUAAAUAGCAGCUGGUCAAGGCUUAGGGGACUUUAAUGUUUGCUUAUGGUAUCCUAUCCUUAGAUGCUUUUGCGGAGAGGGGGGAAAGGUGUGAUUGUUACUCCGGAUUCCAGUGUUAUGUGGUAUGAAAAAAAUCUAAUGGUUUCGUUUUUUGACUAGUUUCUCAAAAUUCAGGCCAUACCCUCUGAGAGAUCUCAAUACUUGAAAUAGUUGGACUAUAUACAUAUAUAGCUUAGUGGGUUUUUGUUUGUUUGUUUGUUUAAUCUGUGUAGUGUAAAAUAGUAAGUAAAGAACCAUAGCAAAUUGAAUGCUCUUGAAAUGGGAACAUUGGAAGAAAAAGAGAUGGUAGAGAGGAAUGUUAAUCCCCCACAAUCAGGUUGUGGUAGAGGAAUACCACUUUAAUAGGUAGAAAUGUGGCCACUAAGUUAAGUUAAUGUCCCCACUGCUGGCAGUAGCACAGUUUUUAAAAACUGCCUUUAGGUAAAGUGCUUGUUUAGCAUAGGUGAGGCACUGGGUUCGAUUCACAUAUAAAUAAAUAAAAUAAAGGUUCAUAGACACCUAAAAAAUGAAUAAAAACUGCCUUUUUCAUUGUUCUUUGAAAUAAGUUAGCAUUACAGUUAAUAUGUUCAGUUGUUUGGGAGUCUGUAAAUUUGAACCUUCCUUUGGCACAAAGGAAGAAUACAGGAAUCUGAACAUUUUUCUCUUCCCACUCCUUUUUUUUUUUUUUUUUUUUAGCAAAGCGUGUCUCUACCUGUAAGACCCAGGCACCAUUCAGUAUUAUAGAUAGUAUAGAAAGGAAAUCAGCUGGACAUUUUACUCUGUCACUCUAAUGUGAUCACUUCAUAAAUUGAGUCAUCAAAGAACCCAUAAAGGCAGAGAUGAGCAAACUUUCUGUUAAGGGUCAAAUGGUAGGCUUUUCAGCCUAAACUCUUGUUUUAAGCAAUUGUGAAAACAGCCAAAGACAGUAUGUAAAUGAGUGGGUGUGGCAGUGUCUCAAUAUAUUUACCGAAAUAGAUGGCUGGCUGGAUUUGGCCUAUGGACUACCUUGUUAAAAGACAGAGAAGUUAGCAAAGUAUAAAAUGGUGACCAAAUCACAGAAGUGUUUUAUUACUUGAAAGGUGAGAUAUUUACUCUAUUGCAGAUCAUAUAGGGAAAAUGAUUUAUUAUAGUCUGGGCUUUACAGAGCCCUAUAGGUUACUCAUUUAUUCAUCAAAGUUAUCAAUUCCUACUAUGUACAAGGCACCUUGCUAAAAGUUGAUGGACAGUCACGGGACUGCCCUUUGAGGUCUCUCAUCUACCAAAGGAUGCUGUGUGAGUUGACAUCUGAAAGAUCUAACCUUGCUGGAGAGAGCUUCUCUGAAGGAGUGAUUUUAGGGACCUGAAGGGUCAGUUGGUCAUCUGGGGGAAAAGGUAGAGAAGGUAGGACCAGGCCGGGUUUUUCAAGGUGGGGAGUUUAGAGUUGCCCACUUAAAACAGCAUUAGACACAGUGUAUGAAGACUGGAUUUGAAGGGGGAAAUUAAGGGGGUAAAUGAGUGGACCAAUAUUGAAUCAGUGAAGUGAAGAAGGAAAAGUAUCAAGAAAGACUCUCUAAUUCCUGGCUUAAAUAGCUGAGUUGAUGGUACCAAUUACUGAACUAAGAAUAGGAUUUCGGGGGGAGAUAAUGUGUUCAAUUUUGGACCUGAGUUGCAAGUUUUCAUGAGAUGGAGAUAAUUGAGUGGACAUUCGGAUAUCCAAAUAUUUCCAACACUUUGAUUUGAAAUAAAUAAAUAUUGAGCUUCUUUUAGCUAGAUGCUAAUUAAAACCAUGGUAUGGCUGAGAGAAAGUGUGUGUGUGUGUGUGUGAGAGAGAGAGAGAGAGAGAGAGAGAGAGAUAAUUCAGGGUUGGAAAUAUUUCAAGAUUGAGCACAUAGGCCACAGAUAAAAGGUUGCAAAAUGUAAUAGAACAGGUAAGGAAUUUAUGUAGGUAUGAAGAGAAUGGGUCUACAAAACAGGAAAAGGAGGAAGGAGUUCGUCAGUGUUUUAGUUUCCUAUUGCUGCUCCCCUUUAGGGAAUGAGUAGAACAAGUUUAGACAAGAGAGUACACCAAUGUAUUAGUUGAAUUCCUGCAGACCUGGUGGCUUACAAUAACACAGGUGGAUUUUCUGCAGUCCUAGAGGUCAGAUGUCUAAAAUGGAUUUCAUAGGGUUAAAAUCCAUGUUUCAGGAGAGCUACAUUCUUUGUGGAGGUUUUAGGAGAGACUCUGCCUUGCCACUUCCACUCUGGAGGCUGUUCACUCCCACCUCUGCUUGUGCGGUCACAUUUUCUUCCUUUUGUAAGGACCCUUGUGAUAAUAUCAUAAGACCCAAAUAAUCUAGAAUAAUCUCUGAACCUCAAAAUCCUUAAUCACAUCCACAAAGUUCCUUUUGCUGUAAGAGGUAAUUCACAGGGGCUGGGGAUGUGGCUCAAGCGGUAGCGCGCUCGCCUGGCAUGCGUGCGGCCCGGGUUCGAUCCUCAGCACCACGUACAAACAAAGAUUUGUGUCCGCUGAAAAACUAAAACUAAAACUAAAUAAAUAAAUUCUCUCUCUCUCUCUCUCUCCCUCUCCUCUCUCUUAAAAAAAAAAAAAAAAAAAAAAAAGGUAAUUCACAGGUUUGGUGAUUAGGACAUGGGCGCAUCUUGGCGUGGGGGCAUUAGGUUUGCCACAUACAAUGAGGGUUUAGAUUUGGUGUGGAAUAGUUGAGAGUUCCCUUGUGCAAAAAUUUGCUUUCUUUGGGAGGUCAUUUCCUUAGUCACUCAACUCUGUAGUCAUUACCUAGAUUUAAUUCAAAGCAUUCUUCUAGUCAACACAAAUAAUUUGUUGACUCCACUGAGCCCUAUAAUCUCUUCACCCUACCAUCUGUUCUCUUUUCCCCUCCUACCAGGACUCUGCUCACAUUUCAUCAUUGUGAUCAUUCUUGAAUACACCUUCAGUUCUGUUUCCUCCCCUGGUUUCAUUGUCCUUCCUGGCAAAACCCAGCUAGUUAAAGUCUGUCUGUUCCUUGGUGAGAAUGUUCAGAUUAUGGUGCAAAUCGUCUUUGGAGAGACCCUUUUAGGGAGUGAGUAAAACAAGUGAUACACCUCUGAGUAGGUGCCCUACCAUCCAGGACUGUCACAGCUUUACCAUUCAUAGUCCUAAAUCUUGGGAAAUCCCUCAGUCCUGAGCAAAUGGGAAUGUUGGUCACUCUAGUUGCAGUGGUAGCUUUAGACAUCCCAUGGAUGUCUUAUAUGCUAGGGUGGCCCUAGCAUAUCAGAGAAAUCCUGCAUCAGGCAAGGGGGCAAGGCCUUUGAACCCCUAAAGGACUUGAUCGUGGGUGUGUGCUGCUUGGUAUGAAGGGGAGGCAGCUUUGCUGUGAGCUCUCAGUAGCCAACACUCCAGCCACAGGGGGAGUGAAUGCUGGUGCUGGGUGUUGGUGGUUCCCACAAUAUCCACCACUAGCCUGUCUUCAUGUGCUAUUCCAUUUCUCUGCUCUCACAGUUAAAUGCCUCAGUAAAAUUGCUAAUAUGCUUAAUGUACUUUCUCUUUAUCUCUUGAACCCAUUCCAGUCAGACUUGGAUCCCCAUCAGUCUGAAAUUGCUCUUGUCCAGGUUGACGCUGACCCCCACCUUCAGGAGAAGCAGUUAACAAACACACUGCUCAAUUGUUGAAAGCACCUCUCAGGCCUUUCAUCACAACACUUUUCCUAAUUCUUCUCUAACACUCUUCCUCAGAUUCUUUUUGCUGGUUUCUUUUCAUUUCUCCAACUUCUUUGAGAAUUGCAGUGCCCCAUGUGUCUGUCCUCAGACCUCUUUGUCUACAGAUUCCACAUCAACUUGUUCUCAUCCAGCCUCUUGGUACUGAAUGCCAUUUUUGGGCUGUAAGCUCCCAAAUUUUAAAUCUAGUCUAGCCUAUCCCCUUUAAUUGCAGACUUAUCUAAACAGCAAAGUACUUGUCUUUGCUCCAUUCAUGCAACCUGUGCCUAAGUCUCAGGAAAUAAUUUUUAUCUUUCCAGUCAAUUAGACCACAGACCUGAUAAUCAUCUUUGAGUCCUCUUUUUUACCCCACACCAGUCCCUCAGGAAUUCCUUUUGUCCUACUUUUGAAUUACAAUCAAAAUCUGACUUCACCAACUUCAUUUCUACUACUAUGAUCCAGUCCAGUCAUUUCACUUCUUAUUUUUUUUUUCCCUCUCUCUUUUUGGGGAUUGAACUUAGGGGCAGCUCUACCACUGAGUUACAUCCCUGGCUCAUUUUGUUUUACAUUUUGAGAUAGGGUCUCACUAAGUGGCAGAGGCUGGCCUCCAACUUGUGAUCCUCCUGCCUCAGCCUCCUGGUGAUUACUGGUGUGUAUCACUGUGUCCGUUGUCUCUUCUGAAUUAUUUCUACAGCCUCUUAACUAGUAUCCUGCCUUCCACCCUUAUUCCUGUACGAUAUUUUCAUAACACAGCAAUCAGAAUGGUCCUAGUCAGAAGAUGUUACUCAAAACCCUCCAGUGUCUUCCUGUUGCACUCAGACUAAAAACCAGAGUCUUUUUUUAAAAAUAUUUUAGUUUUUAGUUGUAGUUGGACACAAUACCUUUAUUUAAUUUAUUUAUUUUUAUGUGGUACUGGGGAUUGAACCCAGGGCCUUGCACAUGCUAGGCGAGUGCUCUACCACUGAACCACCGCCCCAGCCCAAACAAACAGCCUUUAUGGUUGCUUACAGAUUCUGAACAAUUUAGUCACAUCUUCUAUAGACUCUACCUCAGUGUGCUCUAGCCACCUUGGCCUUCUUGCUUCCUCAAACAGCUCAGACAUGAUGAUGCCUCAGGACCUUGCAUGGGAGGUUUCCUCUGCGUGGAAUGCUCUUCUCUUGAUUUUCAAGUGCCUUGCUUUCUCUUCUUCAGGCCUUUGUCUAAAUAACUUUCUUUUUCUGGUAUCAGUGAUUGUAUCCAGGGGUUCUUAACCACUGAGCCACAUCUCUAACCCUUUUUAUUUUUUAUUUUGAGACUGCAUCUUGCUAAAUUGCAGUGUUUGAACUUGAGAUUCUCCUGCCUCAGCUCCCGAGUCACGGGCAUUACAGGCAUGUGCCACCAUGCCCAGCAAAUGAUAUUUUCUGAGUGAGGCUUUACCCAAUUCCUUUAUAGACCAUAGAAUAUUUCAGCUUAUGAAGAUCCAGCAAGCUAUGUGCUUAUGGCAUUCUUUUGUAUUUAUGUUACACUCUAAUAAUCUAUUCUUUUUAAAUUUUUUUAGUUGUAGAUGAACACAAUAUUUAUUUAUUUUUAUGUGAUGCUGAGGAUUGAACCCAGGGCCUCACGCAUGUGAGGCAAGCACUGUACCACUGAGCUACAACCCCAGUCCUACACUCUAAUAAUUUUUAAAAAUUACAGCCUGUUCAGAAUUUCAUACUCCCCCUUCCCUGCCUUAUUUUUCUUAUCAUUUAAUGUAUUUUUUCUUAAUUAUUUUGUUAAUUGUCUUCCCUAUUAAAUACAUGCUUGAUGAGG